GCAAGUUGCGCUGGUUUCGUUGCUGUCGUUGGAUCGGGUCGGUGUGAUCUUCCUGCUGAUGCGCUAAUGAUACCGGCCCUUAACUGUGUAGCAUGCUUCGCUAACGUAAUCGGGAUUGAGAUGUGUUAGCGCAGCGCUUAGACGCACAGCCGGGGCCCGCAAUGGCAUCGCCGCCAAAGCCCUGGGAAAAUCAGGUCGCUGGCCAGCAGUGCGGGACCAGCGGACUUGUUAACAACUCUUCAUGGGACGAUAGCCCCGGUGUGCUCGGCGGCUCGCUGCCUGGCCCCUCGACGGCUCCGGGACCGGCCCCUCCCGUGCCACCGAGGCCUGUUCAAAGCUACGCCACCCCGAUGUAUAGCCGUGUGGGCUACGGCGGAGGCUACGGCUACGGCAGCGGCUACGGUGGUAUUGGCAGUUACGGCGGCUAUGGAAGUUACGGCGGGAUCGGAGGGUACGGCGGACUAGGAGGUUACGGCGGCUACGGAGGCUACGGCGGCUAUGGUGCAGCGGAGCCGGGUCCACUGUGGCGCCUGGCGGAAGACAGCACGCGUGGCGCCUUUCAGUCUGUGGAGUCGGUGGUUCAGGCGUUUGGGUCGAUCAGCCUGAUGCUGGACUCCACAUACCAGGCGCUGCAGAACUCCUUCCGGGCAAUGGUCGGCGUGGCCGAUCAGUUUGGGCGCCUCAAGGGACACCUGGCACAGACUCUAUCGGCGUUGGCCCUGAUACGGUCGCUGCGUUGGCUCUUCUACGCUGCCCUCAGGCUUCUCGGGCUGCGCAGCCAGGGUUCGGGUGCCGAGGCCGCCUGGGCACGUGCCCUGACCGCCGAUCCGGGCGAUCCUGCAGAAGCCGGGGGCGGCGGCUCUCCCACGUGGCCCAUCCUGGCCUUCUUGGCGUUUGUGCUGGGUGCCCCCUGGCUGCUCUGGAGGAUAUUCUCUGCGGCCAGCAAGAGGGCAGGGGCCGCAUCUCAGUGGGCUUCGGGUGCUGGGGACCACUUUGUGGCGGUGGCUCAGUUCAGCUUCCGUCCCGAGAACAGCACCGAACUGGCCGUCAAGGCGGGGCAGCAACUGCGCCUGGCUCCCAAGGACCAGCAGCCCAGGGUGCGUGGAUGGCUGCUUGCAAGCACGGACGGCACCCAGAUAGGCCUGGUGCCGGCCAACUACGUCAAAGUGCUGGGUCCCAGCAAGGGACACCUCCAGCAGCCAUCGCAGCAGCCAUCGCAGGAGCCCCCCAAGGAGGGCCCCAAGGACACCUCCAAGGACACCUGAGGGACGCCUCUGCACUGUCUGUGCAACGAAAUGGACCCGGUCACGGUUGUGCACGAGGGCGGGAGGCCCCGAAUGCUGCGCGACACCUUCGGGAGUUGUCCCACCUUAGAAUG